GGGCGCGGUGAAACGGCAUUUCCCCCCUCCCUUUCCUUUCCUUUCUCCUCCUCCAGAAGGUUCUGCGCCGGCUUCCCUCACGCGUCGCAGUGAAGAUGAUGGGCCAGCGCCCCGUCCUCGUGCUCAGUCAGAACACAAAGCGAGAGACUGGCAGAAAAGUCCAGACCGGAAAUAUUAAUGCUGCUAAGACCAUUGCUGAUAUUAUCAGAACAUGCUUGGGACCAAGGGCCAUGAUGAAGAUGCUGUUGGACCCAAUGGGUGGCAUAGUUAUGACCAAUGAUGGCAACGCUAUUCUUAGAGAAAUUCAGGUCCAGCACCCAGCUGCCAAGUCCAUGAUUGAAAUCAGCCGCACUCAGGAUGAAGAGGUGGGCGAUGGGACCACAUCUGUGAUUAUACUUGCCGGUGAGAUGUUGUCAGUUGCAGAGCACUUCCUUGAGCAGCAGAUGCACCCAACAGUGAUCAUUAGUGCAUACCGAAAAGCUUUGGAUGACAUGAUCACCGCUCUGAAAAAGAUCAGCACUCCAGUCGACAUUGGCAACCGAGAAGCCAUGCUUAAAAUAAUCAAGAGUGCCAUCAGCACAAAGGCUAUCAGUCACUGGUCAGAUCUGGCCUGUACCAUUGCCCUCGAUGCAGUCAGGACAGUGGAGUUUGAAGAGAAUGGCAGGAAGGAAAUUGACAUCAAGAAAUAUGCCAAAGUGGAAAAGAUUCCCGGUGGCUUUAUUGAGGAUUCAUGUGUCCUGCGUGGGGUCAUGAUCAAUAAAGACAUCACUCACCCCCGGAUGCGUCGCACCAUCAAGAACCCCCGCAUCAUCUUGCUGGAUUGCUCAUUGGAGUACAAGAAAGGCGAGAGUCAGACUGACAUUGAAAUAACUCGUGAGGAAGACUUUGCUCGCAUCCUGCAGAUGGAGGAGGAGUUUAUUCAUCAGAUGUGUGAGCACUUGAUCAAAGUCAAACCAGAUCUCAUCAUCACAGAGAAGGGAAUAUCAGACCUGGCACAACAUUUUCUAAUGAGAGCCAAUAUCACUGCCAUACGUCGGGUGAGGAAAACUGACAAUAACCGGAUUGCAAGGGCCUGCGGGGCUCGUAUUGUCAACCGCCCAGAUGAGCUGCGUGAGGAGGAUAUUGGGACUGGGGCAGGGCUUUUUGAAGUGAAGAAAAUUGGGGACGAGUACUUUACAUUCAUCACUGAGUGCAAGGAGCCCAAGGCCUGCACCAUUAUGCUCCGGGGUGCUAGCAAAGAGAUUCUGGCGGAGGUGGAGCGCAACCUCCAGGAUGCCAUGCAGGUCUGUCGUAAUGUCCUGGUUGAUGCUCAGCUUGUGCCGGGAGGUGGUGCUUCUGAGAUGGCCGUUGCUCAUUCCUUGACAGAGAGGUCGAAGGUCAUGACUGGGGUGGAGCAGUGGCCCUACCGUGCAGUUGCCCAGGCCCUAGAAGUCAUUCCCAGGACCCUGAUUCAGAACUGUGGCGCUAGUACCAUCCGCACACUCACUUCACUACGGGCCAAGCACACCCAGGAAGGCAGUCAGACCUGGGGAGUAAAUGGGGAGACUGGAGCCUUGGCAGACAUGAAGGAGCUGGGUAUAUGGGAGCCUUUGUCUGUCAAGCUGCAGACCUACAAGACGGCUGUAGAGACUGCCGUCCUCCUCCUGCGUAUUGAUGACAUUGUUUCAGGCCAUAAGAAGAAAGGAGACGAUCAAAGCCACCAGCAGCCUGGAGCCCCAGAUGGGCCCCAAGAGUAAUUUUGUGGAGUUUGGAAAGCUAUAGGGAAAUCCAUGCACUGGGAUAGCAGGACAUGGAAACCACCUGGAUUGAUUUCGAGUGCUGCUUUUCUUCUCUCUCCCCACCCCCACCUGGGUUCAAGGGCAUUCAGUGUCCAAAUACUGAUUUGUUUCAAGCUUGCAGUGGAGAGGAAAAAGGAAGGCCAAUGAAGCGUUGGUUACCCCCAUUCUGUUAAGAAGACACUGACGCUUUAUUUAAAUGUAUACUGUAGCUUCUUUGUGGCUUUAUUAAUAAAAAUGUCACCACAUUCAUA